AAGAUUAAUUGGGGGUAUAGUUUUAGCAGCAUUUUUAGUUUUUUUGGGUAGAAAAUAGGAAAUUGAACAUUUGAUCCACACUCCAAGCUGACAGGUGGCGGUAAUGCACCUAAAAGUUGUUUGCCAACCGCCAUUUUAAAAAUAGAAGAAGAAGAACCGGAUGUUGUGUUUCCGUACGGUAGUACUCACGCAUGCGCUGUUGUCACAUGUGGCAGUGAGAACGUGAGAGUCCGUAUCGACACUCAGCAUAAUUUAAUGAACUUUGUUGUUUUUUUUUUCUUGUUAGUUUAAUGAACGGGUUAUUGAAUAAUUCUUUGUUGAGCUUCCGGUGUGUCGAAUGACGGAGAGGAUGUCAGCCAAAACACAAGGAGUUGGACUCUUCUUGGAGCUGAGGAAAAGACUGGAGAGUGGACUACUUAUUAUCGGGAAAGAUGUGGCCAAAGGUCCUGCAGACGUGGUCGUGAUGAGCGGAGAGUCCUCACUUCUCAUCAGGACUCCAAGAGGAGACAUGAGCCUGGCUUUACCAGCAGGAGUCACCUUUGAGCAGGACUCCUGCAUCCACACACCUGGAGGAGAAGCCAGUGCAGAGGAACUGCACUUCAGGCUGCGCAUCGCUGUUGGACCAAGCACACAUGAAGUGUCCCCUGAUGGCGUGAUGGAGACUCUUCAAGCAAAAGAGACUUAUUGCUUCUACUGCCAGGGCUGCAUGACCAGGCUG